AUGGCCAUCCGCGUGUUCUCGGCGAAAUCACGUGCGCUGCUUUCCACGCUGCCCCCUCCUCCCAAUGCAAAGGUCCAAGUGCUUGAGGUGUUCCUGUGUCCCGAGUGGCAGCUGCUUAUCCUGUGGCUCAGCUCGGAAGAGGUGGCCAUCUUCUACGUGCCCUCGGCACCCCUAGAGAAGAGCAAAGCUGAGGAGCAGCCGAUUCCACGGACGCAGGCUGCCACGCCACUGCUGCUGCGGCGCUUCAGCAUCGUGGAGGUGCGGACGCAGAUGAUGGACAAGGACUUGUCCAAGGAGUCAUUCCGAUGCGUUUCCCUCUACCAUGGGCCGCUUCCCAAGGGGGACACACUGCUCCACACCGUGAAGGUGGCCCAGCAGGUUCUCGAGGAGGAUUCGUCUCCGGCCUCGCGCAGGCGCCGCCAGUGCUUCCGGCACGGCGACAAAGAUGGCAAGGAGCUGACGCUCAUGGCAGGCGCCAGCCUAGUGCUGCAGCGGCCCUCUGUGGCGGUGCAGCGGCGAGCGUCGCCGCACGGUGCCGCCGCCGAGCUGAGGGCAGCGACAGCGAGGCCUUUGAAUACUCGGGAAUGUCGACAAGACUCAUCUCAAGGCGAGCAGCAGCACUUCGGAGGAAGACAAAUCACUGGGUGCGCGGUUCAAGCGCUGGUGGCAAAAGACCCUUGGCUGUUGGAUCGCUGGAAUGCCAAGAUGGACUCCAAGUCUCUGCGCAAGAUGGGGCUCAUGUGCCUGCUGUCGUAUGGCUUCGUCUCGAAUGUGAAUGCUUUGCUUCUGAUCCUCUUGGCCACCUAUCGCUCGAUCGUGGCGACAGGCGCAAGCCCUCUGGCAAGCCCGGUGGCCCUCAAACAGUUCGGCAUUACGUGGGCCGGACUCUAUGUGAUAAGCAACAUAGUUCGGCCAGUUCGAAUCAGCAUCGCCCUGGCUAUUUCGAAGCCGUUCGACAAUAUGGUCAAUUGGCUUCAGGAGAAGCUCAGCUGCAAGCGCUGGAUGGCUGUCGGACUUGUUGUCUUGCUGCUGAACGUUGUCCUCACGAUCGCCUUCCUCUGGGGUGGCAUGCUGUUCGUGUCAUCAAUAACCGGCGUCAAAGUGGAUCCUUCGCAGCGGGACUGGUACCUGCUAGUGGGUACACAGAUGGGCACUUUACAGGCCUUCAAGAUUGCGGAGCUCCUGAUGCAAUUGCCCGUGUGGGGUAGGCUUGCACCACACCUGCCGAACAAGGAGCACAUGCGGCGAAGUCCCGGACGUGCCAAGACCAUGCGGGCGUCAGUCCUCAAGGGGGCAAUAAAGGAGGCUGAUGGACGCCUCGCAGAGAUCGAAAAGGAGCAUGAGGCUGCCAUGGAGGCCUCGAGGACGCCGGGGCAGCGGCCCUUUCCACCCAGUGGACCGCAGCUGAAACUCUACAGCCGCUGGAGGCGACACGACUAUGCCAUCGACUUCGUGAAAUCCAUGGCCGACCUGAUUCUGACCAUCGACGCGAAGAACGGCUUGAAAGUUUGUCAGGCUGAAGACAGCCGAAUCCUGUUUCGCUUGCUUCUUCCAGAAUUUUCGUGUCUGACUCCGUACAUCGUGCUCGUGGACCCAGCGACGGAGGACCAGCGAAGCCCAGAAGGCGACGCCCAAGGCCAAGCCGAGAGCGAGGCGGAGGUGCCACCUCCGAGCUCUCCGCAGCUGCUGGGGGUGACCUUGGGCAACUCCCGCGGAUCCUUGGAGAUGGUUGAGCUUCCGUGGACGUCGCCUGACGUCGAGGUGGUUUCGUCCCAGGCGUCCCACGGAGGGCCCGUUCUUCAGGUCGACUAUUUGCUACCGAUCGAGAUCUUUGUCUCUGUCGGUGAGGACGACACGGUGCGGUUCUGGUCUUCGGCUCUCCAGCUUCUCCGUGAGGUCUUCUUCCCACAGCCGUGCUCCACUGUGGCUUUCCUUCGGCUGCCAGACAUGGACACCAGCGCUGGCCAUGGGGAUGUCCUUGUCGGUUUUGCCGCGCACGUGGAGCGUGUUCCGAUGGAUGUAUGGGCACGUGGUGUGAAUCACGAGAAGCUGGGAGGUACCCUACCGCUCGACAGCACCAUGCGCAGCUCUCAAGGGUCCAAAGCCACUGGCAGCAGCGCGUUCACCAAGAGCAGCACGCAGGAAAUGGAUGAGCUGCUCCUGCAAGAGCUCAAUAGGUUCAGCCCCGAAGAUGAGGAUGUGCUGGGCGAGCGGCCUCCCAGCAGCGAAAUUGUCAAGCUGGUGGACGAGGAGCUGCCGAAGAGAAGGAGGAGCCGAACCGUCAUGGACUUCCGCGGUGCCCCGGUGGUGCCGCUGGGCGUACUCGGCGGCCUCGCAGCAGACAUGGUGGGGGUGGAGGAGCGCUUGUUGCAUCGACCAGAAGCCCUGGAGCACGUGCCGCACGAGCACAGCCAGGUCCUGGACCAAGGAGAUUUGCGUGCCAUCACUCGCUACCAUGCAGGCUAUUACGAUUGGACGGUGAACCCCAGUGCGACGGUGGAUGCCCCACGUGGAUGCGCUAUCCGGGGCGUCACUGGAGAUGGCAACGUGGCCAUUGUCACAUCUGUCGGCAUAGGUCAUCUUCGGGGCGAAGGCCAUGCUUUCCAGCCGGCACCGCAGGAAGCUCCGUCAGAGGAACUGUUUGCCCACACAUCACUGGAAGAGGAACCCGAAGCUGGCGAGCUGCCGGACGAAGCGCCCCUGGCCUUGCCAGGCCCAAGCUCCCCGCGGCCUCAGACGGGCGCUUCGGUGGCCACCAGUGUUGCUGCGACGGCAAGGCGACCCGACUCGCGCGAGCCUCGGUUGGAGUCACGGACCUCUGCCAGAACUGGCGAGGCUCAGGCAAGAGGCGCAUUGGAGGAGUGCGUGGAAGAAACAGAUGACGAGGGCAUGGCCAUGGUGAACGACGAGGAAGAGGAAGAAGACACCUGGAGGAAUCUGCACAUCGCCCGUGGUGUCCCUCACCGCACCGACAUGCCCAAGCCGCAGACGCAGAACAUCGCCAACACAGACGCAGAUGCUGCCAAAAUGCUCCGAGAGCACGGGAAGCUCAUCGAUGCUCCGGAGGGCUUGGAGACGAACUUUUUGAGCCGCCUCACCAACAAAAAGACGGAGUGGAUUUACUGUGGCAUCGACAACGUGCAAGUGGCUCGCCGCACUGCUCGCAAGGUGGUGCGCCAGACGAUCGACGAGGGCGAGGGCCUCAAACUUUGGACGGCAACGGGACGUUUGAGAACUGGCCACAGACCGCCACCGCAGCAGGCACUGCCCAGGUGCUACGUUCCGCUGCCUCCGGAGCACCUCUGGGAGCGACCUCCGAUGACACGCUCGGAGGUCACAGAGCGGCGCAUUAUCGAAGCAGCCAGAUCCCCGCAGAGCAGAAAUUGGAUGGAGGAGCUUACCCUGGAGUCUGCAGAGUUCCACGAGGCUCGACGUCCCCUCAUCACUUCGGCCAGGGUGCGUGCGAGAGGGGCACAGAGCUCGAGGUCGGCGAGUAGCGUCACCGUGACCUCUGCGGCAGACACGGACACCUCCAGCUCCGUGGGACGCCCAGGCCGUCCGCGGCUGGCUCGAAAGGUGAGCUUCAACCUUCCACAAGUUCCGAAGACCCACCGCUAG